AGGACGGCGGUGCUGGUCGUGUGAUUGCCUCAGUUCCUCAGAUCGUUCGAGAUGAGCGGAAUGAUACGACUUCCAACGGUGCUGGCAAAGAACGCCCUUUCAGCGGUCCGUGGGCUGUCUGCCGGUGCUUCACAACGAAAUUUACACUUUACCGUUGGGCAGAAUACUGCCAAAUCGAACCCAGAUGCCAUUUCUCGUGAGUAUCCGGUAGUGGACCACACUUACGAUGCCGUGGUGGUCGGCGCAGGUGGAGCUGGAUUGCGUGCCGCCUUCGGUUUGGUUGCGGAAGGGUUCAAGACGGCUGUCAUCACGAAACUAUUCCCCACCCGUUCCCACACGGUGGCGGCGCAGGGCGGAAUCAAUGCUGCUCUGGGAAAUAUGGAGGAAGACGACUGGAAGUGGCACAUGUACGAUACGGUGAAAGGUUCCGACUGGUUGGGAGACCAGGAUGCUAUCCACUACAUGACCCGCGAGGCACCGAAGGCCGUCAUUGAGCUGGAAAACUACGGUAUGCCGUUUUCUCGCACGCCCGACGGUAAGAUCUACCAGCGCGCGUUCGGUGGACAGAGCUUGAAGUACGGCAAGGGAGGUCAGGCGCAUCGAUGCUGUUGUGUUGCCGAUCGUACCGGACACUCGUUGUUGCAUACGCUGUAUGGACAGUCGCUUAGCUACGAUUGCAAUUACUUCAUCGAGUACUUUGCCAUGGAUUUGUUAAUGCAAAACGGUGAAUGUGUUGGUGUGAUCGCGAUGAACCUGGAAGACGGCAGCAUCCAUAGGUUCCGGGCGAAGAAUACUGUGCUGGCCACGGGUGGGUAUGGACGUGCAUACUUUUCUUGCACCUCGGCCCAUACCUGUACCGGAGACGGUACGGCCAUGGUUGCCCGCGCUGGUCUACCCUCGGAGGAUUUGGAAUUCGUACAGUUCCACCCGACCGGCAUCUACGGAGCAGGUUGUUUGAUCACCGAAGGCUGCCGUGGAGAGGGUGGCUAUCUUAUUAACUCACAAGGCGAACGUUUCAUGGAGCGUUACGCACCGGUAGCAAAGGAUCUUGCAUCUCGUGAUGUCGUGUCACGUUCGAUGACCAUUGAAAUCCGCGAAGGACGUGGUUGUGGACCCGAGAAGGAUCACGUUUACCUGCAGCUGCAUCAUCUACCCCCAGAGCAGUUGGCCCAGCGUCUGCCGGGUAUCUCCGAGACGGCCAUGAUUUUCGCCGGUGUCGACGUCACUCGUGAACCGAUUCCUGUGCUUCCGACCGUGCACUACAAUAUGGGUGGUGUGCCGACGAACUACAAGGGUCAAGUGUUGACCUCCGUCAGCGGAGCCGAUCAGGUUGUCCCGGGGCUGUACGCGUGCGGUGAAUCCGCCUGCUCGUCGGUGCACGGUGCAAACCGACUGGGAGCUAACUCCUUGCUCGAUUUGGUCGUUUUUGGUCGAGCCUGUGCCAAGACAAUCGCACAAGAGAACCGCCCGGGCGAAAAAGUGCAGGAUCUCAAGCCAAACGCUGGAGAAGCUUCGGUCGCUAACCUGGAUUGGGUACGAAAUGCGAACGGUUCGGUGCCGACGUCGACGUUGCGUUUGAACAUGCAGAAGACCAUGCAGACGCACGCGGCCGUUUUCCGCGAGGAGAAAACGCUCCAGGAAGGCGUGCGCAAAAUGGACGACAUUUACAAAACUAUCAAAGACGUUAAGGUGUCAGAUCGCUCUUUGGUUUGGAACUCGGAUCUCGUGGAAACGCUCGAGCUGCAGAAUCUACUGCUGAAUGCAAAUAUGACGAUCGUUGCCGCGGAAAACCGAAAGGAAUCGCGCGGUGCUCACGCACGCGAGGACUAUAAACAGCGUAUCGAUGAAUAUGACUUCAGCAAACCCCUUGAAGGACAGCAGAAGAAACCGGUUGAAGAGCACUGGCGUAAACACACGCUGACGUGGAUCGACCCGGCGACCGGCAACGUGACCAUCGACUACCGCCCGGUCAUCGAUGAGACACUGAGCGACGAAUGCGCUACCGUCCCACCGGCUAUUCGUUCGUAUUAAGCAACGACGACUGUUCGGCGGCGUUGUUGUACGUGUGAUCUAUUUAUGGGGACCGUUGCUAUACAACUACAGCAAACACGAGAAACUCUGCCAUCAUCGAGCGCUUCGCCCACAGUUUCAAAGCAAAACAAAUUCUCUCGGCACUAAGCGAGAAGUGUUUUGCUAUGGUCACGAAAUGCUGACCAUUGAAAGUAUUAUUGAAAAUUAACAGCGAAGCCUAAGAUCACAUCGUCACUGAUUUAUUUAUUAUAUCAUGAAUGUCGACAUUUUACGUAGGGCAGAAAGAACGGGUGCUGCUGGCCAUCCCUGCCGUGAUCUCCGUCAUUGCACAACCUGCACUGGAUUACCAUUGUUCCAACGGAAUCCCAAACUUAAACAUCUAUUCGACAACUAACCAGUGAGCGAUUUGUCGUACCGAAACGACACAAAGCGACGUGAAGCAUGCGAGAGAAGCUUGCAACGAAGGAAAAUCAUAAACGAAGAUAUGUUAGCUUGAGCAUUCUGGCUUGGUGUAUUUAUGCUUAUUUGAUUUGUUUCACGUAGGACAUUUGAUACCAAAACGGAACUUAUUUAGUGUACUUCAUUAGUUCUUAGUUUGGAAAUUUAGAAAAGCAGCAAGCGGCACUGUAAUUGGAAUGUUUAAAUUAAACCAAAAAUAUAAAACAUAAAAAAAGAGAGGGCUUGUGUCUAAGAGCUUCAAGUGAAAUAUUUAACAAGCAGUCCGUUCAUUGGCCUUUCCAAGAUAUGUCCGAUUUUUAUAAUUUUCACAGAUGCCUGUUCUAUGUACUGGAAAUUUCCCUAUACUUUAGAAUUAAUCUAUUCUCUGAAUACAAUAAAGCAAUCUUUAUUGCAAUACUUUAAAUUAACUGGUUUACAACAUCAAGCUGAACGUGAAAUUCAAAUAAACUACACAAUACCUCAUUCUAGGCAA